CUUCUUCAGAUGCUUCCACUCCGGAUGGUAAUAUCAGCUAUAGAUUAAGCAGAGGAUUUGAAUCAGGAUCAUCAUCAUAUCAAGCUCCUCCUUCAUCCUCAACAAGUUUUGUGAUUUCAAACAACGAAAAUGCUCUUCAUCUUCACUCGUGUUCACCCAUUAGGUUUGCUAACAGAAGCGUGAGGCCAUCUAAUUGUGAUUUGUUCCCCGCAUGCUUUGGUAAUGGAUCAUCUCGUAGGGAAAUAAGUCAAGAUUUUUCCUCCAACCACACAGAUGAUUCACAACACAACCAACAUUUAGGAAGUUGUACUCAUAGUAUUGAGAGAAGAGUUGGUAAUAGAACCACAUCUCGUGCUGCUCCUGCUGGAAGGAACAUUCAAUUCAGCAGAACGUUGAGUGUUGGUAGACUUCGUGAUAGAGUUCUUCGAAGAUCGCGUUUCCCUCACGAGGUUUGUCUUUCUCACAGAGAGAUUGAGGUGAGACAUGUGAGUAGGGGUCAUGAUUUGGUUGGAGUAAGAAAUUUGAUAUCUAAAGGGAAUGACUUAGUUCGCCCUGACCAUGCACCAUCAUCUGGUGUCUCAAGUUCCUCCUCAUAUCAUGAUAUUUCAAGAGGAAGAGAUGUCUUGUAUCAUGAACUCAUGGAGCAUAUAUCAAAUUUCCUAGAGCGGCGAAGAAGAAUAAGAUCUCAGGUACAUGCGCUUCGAAGGCUAGGAAGCCAUUUUGAGAACUUCUCUGGACAUGCAAGAUCUUGUAUUUCAUCUGGCCAACAUACAUUAGGCCACUGCCGCUGUCGUAGAAGUAUGCGUGAAGCUAAUUCAGACAAUCAUGUCAGAACAAGAGACAACAUAUCUAGAAUUGUUAUGUUAGCUGAAGCUUUGUUUGAGGUUCUGGAUGAAAUUCAUCAGCAAUCUCUAGUGCUAUCCUCCCAGCCUCACGUGUCUUCAAUUGGAUCGCUUCCGGCACCUAAUGAUGUGGUGGAAUCCUUGCCGGUGAAAGUGUACUACAACAACUCAGAUAAAAAAGUGAGAGAAGAUGAUGCAAAAUGUUACAUAUGCCUCAUUGACUAUGAGGGUGGAGACAAUCUGCGAGUAAUGCCUUGCCACCACGAAUUUCAUUUGACAUGUGUAGACAAAUGGCUGAAAGAAGUUCACAGGGUCUGCCCACUUUGCCGAGGUGAUGUCUGUAAACCUGAAAGGUAGAAGCUGUGAUGCUGCUGAAAUGCCACUGACAUUUUGAACGACGUCGAGGGACAGAGAGAGCACUUGCUCAAUUUGCUUGCUUGCUUGCUUGCUUGAGUUUUUGUUUUCGAGUCUUGUUUUUUUUUGUGUGUGUGUUGUAUAUGAUGCCAUGCCACAAGUUGGCUUAAGACACCACUUUUAUUUGAUGUUUUUAUUACAGCAUUAAUCAAUUAAUGCAGGGUCUGUUGUAUCCUAACCCACUUGAUGAUG